CCCAGUCAGAUCCUCUUCCAAGGAGGUUCUAACUAAUCAAACCAACUAGCUGAGCCCUUUCGACCAUGUCGUUCCCUCCAGGAUUCGGCCCACCACCCGGGUUCGACAUCACCGCCGGACCCUCGAGCACGGUCGACCACCCCGUCUCGCCUCCCGAGAUCACCUCGCUCUCCCCACAAGAGAUCGAGAAAAAGGCCAGGAAAUGGCGUCAAUCUCAGGUCAAGCGAUUCGACGAGAAGCGUCGUCAAGGUGGUGGAGGUGGAGUCGAUGGGGGGAAGGCUGACCUGCCUCCCGAGCAUAUUCGAAAGAUCAUGAAGGAUCACGGAGAUAUGAGCAGCAGAAAGUUUAGGACGGACAAGCGUGUGCAUUUGGGAGCGCUCAAGUAUGUGCCGCACGCCGUGAUGAAGCUGUUGGAAAACAUCCCUUGUCCAUGGGAACAGGUUCGAGAGGUGCCCGUCCUCUACCACAUCUCCGGUGCCAUCACGUUCGUCAACCAGGUCCCCCGUGUCGUCGAACCCAUCUACCACGCCCAGUGGGCUUCGAUGUGGUUGGCCAUGAGGCGUGAAAAGCGAGAUCGACGUCACUUCAAGCGAAUGAGGUUUCCCCCCUUUGACGACGAGGAGCCCGUGACCGAUUACGCCGACAACAUUCUCGAUGUCGACCCGCUCGAGUCGAUCCAGCUCGAACUCGACCCGGAGGAAGACGCCGCGAUCGAGGAAUGGUUCUACGACCCGAAACCCCUCAUCGAUACCAAACACGUCAACGGAAGCUCGUACAAGACCUUCCGGCUCGACCUCGAUCAGAUGGCCAACCUGUACCGUAUCGGACGACAGUUGCUGAGCGACUAUUCGGACAAGAACGCGUUCUACCUGUUUGACCGCAAGGCGUUCUUCACCGCCAAGGCGCUCAACAUUGCUCUGCCCGGUGGACCCAAGUUUGAGCCCCUUUACCGGGACAUGGACGCUUACGACGAGGACUGGAACGAAUUCAACGAUAUCAACAAGGUCAUCAUCCGAGGCAUGAUCCGAUCAGAAUACAAGAUCGCCUUCCCUCACCUUUACAACUCGUUGCCCCGAAGCAUCCACUUGGGAGUCUAUCACGAGCCGAAAAACGUCUACAUCAAGACGGACGACCCUGACCUCCCCGCAUUCUACUUUGACCCGCUCAUCAACCCCAUCUCUCAGCGACAAGUCAUCUCGGCCCAUUCUCAGCUCGUUUCCCACGAAGACGCCGUCUUCGGCUUCGGCAAGGACGGGGAUGACGAUGACGACUUUGAGCUGCCUGACGAACUCGAGCCUUUCUUUGCCGAGGAAGAGUUGGAGAACGACAAGACUGCCGACGCGUUGGCCUUGUUCUGGGCUCCUUACCCUUACGACAAACGAUCCGGUCGAACCCGCCGAGCGCAGGACAUCCCGCUCAUAAAGAACUUUUACCAAGAACAUUGUCCUCCGAACCAACCCGUCAAGAUCAGGGUGUCUUAUCAAAAGCUGUUGAAGGUCUACGUGUUGAACACGUUGAAGCAGAAGCCUCCCAAGGCGAUGGGGAAGAGGAACUUGUUCAGGAGCUUGAAGAAUACCAAAUUCUUCCAGACGACACAGUUGGAUUGGGUCGAGGCCGGUUUGCAGGUCUGCAGGCAGGGUUUCAACAUGCUCAACUUGUUGAUUCACCGAAAGAACUUGAACUACUUGCACUUGGACUACAACAUGAACCUAAAACCGAUCAAGACGCUGACGACCAAGGAGCGAAAAAAGUCUCGAUUCGGAAACGCCUUCCACUUGAUCCGAGAGAUCUUGCGUCUCACCAAGCUCAUCGUCGACGCCCACGUCCAGUUCCGUUUGGGCAACGUCGACGCGUUCCAGCUCGCCGACGGUCUCCAGUACAUGUUCUCCCACGUCGGACAGUUGACGGGAAUGUACCGAUACAAGUACAAGUUGAUGAAGCAGGUCAGGAUGUGCAAGGACUUGAAACACUUGAUCUACGCGCGAUUCAACACGGGACCCGUCGGAAAGGGACCCGGUGUCGGUUUCUGGGCGCCUGGAUGGAGGGUCUGGUUGUUCUUCAUGAGAGGUAUCGUCCCCUUGCUUGAACGUUGGUUGAACAACUUGUUGGCCAGGCAGUUUGAAGGGAGAAACUCGAAGGGAAUCGCCAAGACGGUCACCAAGCAACGUGUCGAGUCGCACUUCGAUCUCGAACUGCGUGCCGCCGUCAUGAGCGAUAUCCUCGACAUGAUGCCCGAGUCGAUCAGGCAGAACAAGGCCAAGACGAUCAUGCAGCACUUGUCGGAAGCUUGGCGAUGCUGGAAGGCCAACAUCCCCUGGAAGGUGCCCGGUAUGCCUGCCGCCGUCGAGAACAUCUUGCUCCGAUAUGUCAAGAGCAAGGCCGAUUGGUGGACCUCGGUCGCGCACUACAACCGAGAGCGUAUCAGGCGAGGAGCUACCGUCGACAAGGCUGUCGUCAGGAAGAAUUUGGGGAGGUUGACGAGGUUGUACCUCAAGGCCGAGCAGGAGAGGCAGAACGGGUAUUUGAAGGACGGGCCGUACAUUUCGUCCGAGGAGGCCGUGGCCAUCUUCAGUGGUACCACGCAUUGGUUGGAGAGCCGAAAAUUCUCGCCCAUUCCCUUCCCUCCUCUUUCGUACAAGCACGAUACCAAGCUCUUGGUUUUGGCUUUGGAAAAGCUCAAGGGUGCCUAUUCGGUGCAGGGACGUCUCAACCAGAGUCAGCGAGAAGAAUUGGCCUUGAUCGAGCAGGCCUACGAUCACCCUGCAGAGGCCUUGUCUCGAAUCAAGCGAUUGCUCUUGACGCAGCGUGCCUUCAAGGAGACCGGUAUCGAGUUCUUUGACACCUACGACAAGCUCAUCCCUUGUUACGACAUCGAGCCCGUUGAGAAAAUCACCGACGCCUACCUGGAGUCGUUCCUCUGGUACGAGGCCGACAAGCGUCACUUGUUCCCUGCGUGGGUCAAGCCCGGUGAUUCGGAACCCCCACCAUUGCUCGUCUACAAGUGGUGUCAGGGAAUCAACAACCUGACCGACGUCUGGGAGACCAACGAAGGCGAAUGCGUCGUCAUGAUGGAGACGGUCUUGUCCAAGGUCUACGAAAAGAUCGACUUGACCUUGCUCAAUCGUCUCUUGCGUCUGAUUAUGGAUCACAACUUGGCCGACUACAUCACCGCCAAGAACAACACGACCCUGACGUACAAGGACAUGUCGCACGUCAACGCUUACGGUCUCAUCCGAGGUCUGCAGUUCUCGUCGUUCGUCUUCCAGUACUACGGUCUCGUCUUGGACCUGUUAAUCCUCGGUCUCAAGCGUGCCAGCGAGAUGGCCGGUCCUCCUCAGCUCCCGAACGGGUUCUUGCAGUUCCGCGACACCGAGACCGAGGUUGGUCACCCGAUCAGGCUAUACUCGCGAUACGUUGACAGGAUCCACAUCCUCUUCCGCUUCACUGCGGACGAGGCUCGAGACUUGAUCCAGCGAUACCUUACGGUCCAACCCGACCCGAACAACCAGAACAUCAUCGGCUACAACAACAAGCGAUGCUGGCCGCGUGACUGCCGAAUGAGGCUGAUCAAGCACGACGUCAACCUCGGUCGAGCCGUGUUCUGGAACGUCAAGAACUCGCUGCCCCGAUCGCUCACCACGAUCGAGUGGGACGAGUCGUUUGUGUCGGUCUACUCUCGAGAGAACCCGCAGUUGCUUUUCAGCAUGUGCAACUUUGAGAUCCGUAUCCUGCCCAAGAUCAGGGAGGGCGACAACUUUGUACUCAAGGACGCGACCUGGAACUUGACCAACGAGGCGACCAAGGAACGUACCGCCAAGGCGUUCUUGCGUGUGUCCGAGUAUGGUUUGCAGAGCUUCCAGAACCGUAUCCGACAGGUCUUGAUGAGUUCGGGAGCGGCCACCUAUGCCAAGGUCGCCAACAAGUGGAACUCGACCAUCAUCGCCCUCGUUACCUACUACCGAGAGAGUAUUAUCGGAACGCCUGAGCUCCUGGACAUGCUCGUCAAGGCCGAGAACAAGAUUCAGACCCGUAUCAAGAUCGGUCUGAACUCGAAGAUGCCUAGUCGUUUCCCGCCAGUGCUGUUCUACUCGCCCAAGGAGUUGGGUGGUCUCGGACAGCUCUCGAUGGGUUUCGUCCUCAUCCCCCAGUCCGACUUGCGAUGGUCCAAGCAGACGGCUGAUGGCGGCACCAGCCAUUUCCGAGCGGGUCUCACGCACGAGGCCGGUAACCUGAUCCCCAACUUGUUCAGGUACAUCGUUCCUUGGGAGUCCGAGUUCCAGGACAGUAGCCGAGUGUGGGCGGAAUACGCCAUGAUGCGAAAGGAAGCGCAAGCGCAGAACAGGCGAUUGACCCUGGAAGACUUGGAGAACAGUUGGGACCGAGGUCUUCCUCGUAUCAGCACCUUGUUCCAGAAGGACAGGCAGACUUUGGCUUACCAGAAGGGUUGGAGGACGUCGUUGCACUUUGAGCAGUACGCUCAGGCUCGUCACAACCCGUUCUCAUGGCACUCGCAGAGGCACGACGGAAAGCUAUGGAACCUGAACAACUACCGUGUCGACGUUAUCGCUUCGCUCGGAGGUGUGGAAGGUAUCUUGGAGCACUCUUUGUUCAAGGGUACGGCACACAGCACAUGGGAGGGUCUGUUCUGGGAGAAGGCAUCCGGAUUCGAGGAAUCGAUGAAGUCGAAGCGUUUGACAAACGCCCAGCGUGGUGGUCUGUCGCAGAUUCCUAACCGUCGAUUCACCCUAUGGUGGUCGCCCACCCUCAACAGAGCCAACGUUUACGUCGGUUUCCAAGUGCAACUCGACUUGACGGGUAUUUUCAUGCACGGAAAGCUUCCUACCUUGAAGAUCUCGUACAUCCAGUUGUUCCGAGCCCAUUUGUGGCAAAAGAUCCACGAGUCCGUGGUCAUGGACUUGUGUCAGGUUCUCGAUCAGGAGCUCGAGGCUCUUCAGAUCGAGACGGUGCAGAAGGAGUUGAUCCAUCCCCGAAAGUCGUACAAGCUCAACUCGUCGGCAUCGGACAUCUUGCUGUUCAGCAGCUACAAGUGGAACAUGUCGCGACCGUCUCUACUGUCGGACGCCAGGGACCACUACGAUGGCACGAUGACAGGCAACAAGUUCUGGAUCGAUGUGCAACUCCGAUGGGGAGACUACGACUCGCACGACAUUGAGCGAUACGCCCGUGCCAAGUUCUUGGACUACACCAGUGAUUCGAUGUCGAUCUACCCCUCGCCCACCGGAUUGUUGCUCGCCAUCGACUUGUCCUACAACUUGCACUCUGGAUUCGGAAACUUCUUCCCCGGUCUGAAGCCCUUGGUCACCCAGGCCAUGGCCAAGAUCAUGAAGGCCAACCCGGCUCUGUUCGUCAUGCGAGAGCGUAUCCGAAAGGGUCUUCAGCUCUACUCGUCCGAAGCUACCGAGCCGUACUUGUCAUCGCAGAACUACUCGGAGUUGUUCUCGAACCAGGUCAUCUGGUUCGUCGACGACACCAACGUCUACCGAGUCACCAUCCACCGAACUUUCGAGGGUAACUUGACCACCAAGCCCAUCAACGGAGCCAUCUUCAUCUUCAACCCGCGAUCCGGACAACUGUUCUUGAAGAUCAUUCACACCAGCGUCUGGGCCGGUCAGAAGCGUCUCGGUCAAUUGGCCAAGUGGAAGACGGCCGAAGAAGUCGCCGCGUUGAUUCGAUCGCUGCCCGUCGAAGAACAGCCCAAGCAGGUCAUCGUCACCCGAAAGGGAAUGUUGGACCCCCUCGAAGUCCACUUGCUCGAUUUCCCCAACAUUGUCAUCAAGGGAUCCGAGCUGCAGCUGCCCUUCCAGGCCGCCAUGAAGAUUGAAAAGUUCGGAGAUCUCAUCCUCCGAGCCACUCAACCUCAGAUGGUCUUGUUCAACCUGUACGACGAUUGGCUCAAGUCGAUCUCGUCUUACACGGCGUUCUCGCGAUUGAUCUUGAUCCUGCGUUCGUUGCACGUCAACAACGAAAAGGCCAAGAUCAUCUUGCGACCGGACAAGAGCACGAUCACCGAGUCGCACCACGUUUGGCCCACGCUCUCGGAUGACGAGUGGAUGAAGGUCGAAGUCGCCCUCAAGGACCUGAUCUUGAGCGACUUUGGAAAGAGGAACAGCGUCAACGUCGCCUCGUUGACCGCGAGCGAGAUUCGAGAUAUCAUCUUGGGUAUGGAGAUCGCCGCUCCCUCGAUUCAACGUCAGCAGAUGGCCGAGCUCGAGAAGGCUACCGAGGCGCAAGCCCAGGUGACCGCCAUUCAAACCAAGACGACCAACAUCCACGGAGACGAGAUCCAGACCGUCACGACGACCAACUACGAGCAACAGACCUUUAGCUCCAAAUCGGACUGGCGAGUCCGAGCCAUAUCGGCGACCAACUUGCCGCUCCGUGUCAACCAUAUCUACGUCAGCAACGACGACGUCAAGGACGACGCUGGUAGCUUGACCUACGUUAUGCCCAAGAACGUCUUGAAGUCUUUCAUCGUCAACGCCGACCUGCGUACCCAGGUCGCUGCCUACCUCUACGGGUCUUCGCCGGCGGAUAACAAGCGGGUCAAGGAGAUCAAGGCUGUCGUCUGGGUCCCUCAGCGUGGAAGUAAUAAUACCGUCGAGCUGCCUACCAGGUUGCCGGAAUCGGACUUUUUGCUGAAAGAGUUGGAGCCGUUGGGUUGGAUCAAGACUCAGGCUCAGGAGCUGAACCACCUGGCUCCUCAAGACGUGGCUGCCCAAGCCAAGAUCAUGGCAGGGAACCCAUCAUGGGGACCCAACUCGAUCUGUAUUACCGCGGCCUUUACGCCCGGUAGUAUCAGUCUGAGCGCUUUCGAAUUGAGCGUCGCCGGAUUCGAAUGGGGUAGGAAGAUCCAGGACGUGAUGGCUAACCCUGUGGGAUUCAACACCUCGAUGGCUCAUCGAGUGCAACUCUUAUUGUCCGACCGUAUUCUCGGAGCCACCCUCGUCCCCGAAGGCCGAGCAUGGAACUACUCUGUCGGGCUCACGCAACAGUUCGCACCUUCCAUGCCCUACUCUCUGACUUUGGACGCGCCUCUCUCCUUCUGGGCAGAGGAACAUCGACCAGCGCCUUUCUUGAACUUUGCGACGAUGGAGAGUGGAGAGGAUUCGGCGGAUGUGGAAAACACGUUGGCCUAGUUCGACGUUCAUUAUGCGGUCUUUUGGCUUUUUGAUCAUAUUUCGUUUCGAUGCCUUGCGCUUGUAAUACCUUGUAAUGAACCUCCGGCCCAUACAAAAGUGGGAUCCCCUCCUAUGCCGAUGAAUUUACGUACGCCGUGAUCGCUGAUUGCACUUGCCUACAAAAGUCGCCGACCUGCGUGGUCUAGCCAUCAUCGCUGCUCGCACGACCAAACGACCAAU